CCUCAAACACCCAAACGUCUCAUUCGGAUUGCUGUUUUGAUGUACUUAGUACUAAGUCAGAGUUAAUAAACCAGUAUAACCUUGCGUACCGAUUAAACAUAAUUGUUAAGAUCUCGAGAUCAUAGGUCGGCAGCGCGUCUGACUCGCCGGUACUAUGGGAAUAUACGCCCAGCCUCUCGCCUAAACCUCACCUGUGCCGUGCAGUUGAUAACCAACGUCUUCGCCGCACACACGCGACUUGCCGCCGAUUUCGCGCUCCGCGUUCCAUAUUCGAAUUUAAAAACGAAUUCCAGACUAUCGUGAUUGUUUAUGAUCAACUUUUUUUUAUUUGAAAGUGGACUUGGAAAGUUUUUUAAACAAUGAAGGACUAUAAUUGUGACUGUUACGUUUGAACGUGUUGUGUUUAUUUUCUACUGUUUUCGGAAUUCCCUUUCAAAAGGGAGUGGAUGUGAAACUGGACAGGACCCGGAAGAACGGGUUGACUCUCCCAACGCGCUUCCGCGAAAGAACGACAAUGACGGUGAAGAAGACUACGCGCAGCGGCGGGUUCGCUGCGUGCGUCGCGCGACAGAAGCUCCACAACAACAACCAGUUUGACAUCCUCACCAUCAAGCCAACCAACCCCACCACCUACAACAUCGUCGUCGGCUUCAACGAGAAAGACCAACUCCAACUCCUUACAAAAGAUGAUGAAUUUAUAAAAGAAUUCUCAGAACUCAAAAACAAAUACGAAAACAUCUCCAUCGACGACAUAACGAAUUGCGUCAACGUCGAAAACUACCCUAACUGCGAGAACACUCUAGUCUUUUACGUAACCAAAAACCUGACGAAAGAAGCGAUAGCCCUCAAAUUCGAAAACGAGCAGGAUUUUAAAAGGAUAUACUUCACGUACAAAUAUUUCAAAAUGCGUAAUCGACUAACGAACAAUGCCAACAAUUACGCGAGUAGCGAUAAUUUGUUUUCGAAAAAGAAGACGUACGAGAUAUUUAAGAAUAGGAAAAAUAGUAUCGACGAUUAUAGUUUCGAGAAAAGUCGAGCGGAGUUUGAUUUAAUGCAGACAACCGACAACGAUCUGACGUACAUGACGGUGCAGCAGAAGAAUUACAAUUCCCGAUUCGAUCAGCCGAUGAGUCUUAUAGACAUCAGGAGUGAAGAGCCGGGUGAAAUCGACAGUGUCAUAUAUACUAACGUAGACAUACCAGCCAAACCUGAGAGGAAAAGGCUGUUCCAUAAAAAACCUAAGGCACCACCUCCUCCAGUACCUACAAAUAAUAAAGAUAAUCAAUCAAAAGUACUUAAAGGAGAAUUCGUUAGAGUGAACGUUGAAAGAGUUCCGGAUGUGGUUCCUAAGGAUAACAAACAGAGCAAAGUCCCUGAUAUCCUCAUGUUUAGAGAAAGUAAACCUAAGAAGAAUGGUGCCAGCAAUUUGUGGUCGGCCAGUAAUAAAGUGGCGACUGGGUACGAAUCAGACCGCGAAGAAUGGAGGAGCAGCCGCUCGCAGUUCUCCACCACCGCGUUCGACAGCCUCGCCCGCCCCACGAAGAUGGCCAUGGCGCUCACCCUCCGGAAACCCCCCAGGAUCGACCCCGUGCCCCAAUACUACCGGCUGGCCAGCGAUCCCAAGCCUAAACUCACCCCUCUACCCUUCAGGCCCAACAACUUUCUCCAACGACCACCCAGGCUCCCUAGACCAACCACCGAAAUCAAAAGAAACAUCAACCUAACCACAGAUCAUCGUAAAUACGCGUCACUGCAAAACCUCGACUUACCCAUGAAGUUAAACGAGAAGAACAAAACCGAGCCGAAGAAAACUAACUAUUCCAACAUAUCACAUCGGAUCACGGGCUUAACCAACAAGCUAAGAGACCUAGGCAGUCCCAGCAAUACUAUUGGAAGGUUUAAAGCCCAGUCACAUAAUGAUGUGGCUAAUUUGAAGCCAGUACUGAAGACUAGAGACGGCCACGAUGGCUCAAAAAGGUCCGUAGUGAGGACCUGUAGUGCUGAACCACCAAAGAAAGUUACAUUCAGUGCUUUUGCCACAGUCCAAGUGGUUUAGUUUAUAGUUGUAUCAUUCUUAUUUUAGUUUUAUUUUAAGACAAGGCUAGGCCGGGAUUUUUGUGUAAAUACAAUUGUAUAAAGUUUAUCUCCGCAAAUAGAACUUUUAAAAGGUUAGUUAUUUAGUCAAAAUUUUGUGUGUGUUUUAGAUCUUAAUUAUUUAUUAUCCAUGUAAAAUAUUUUUUCUUUCUAUUGUACAUUGCUCCUUAGUUACUUAGCUACUUUGCACCGCUUUAUAUCGUUAUUUCUUUACUUUUAUUAUAUGAUAUUGUUUUAUUUUACAUGCAUAAAGUUAAAAUAUGAUCAGAUCGUGUAUGAGAAGAGACAUUAUUGGCCAUGUUGUGGUGGCUCUAAAAUAUUAGGAUAUUACAAGCGUAUUUGCGUUUCAAAACCUAAAAAUCCAUAAUUUAAAAAGAUCACAGAGCAAUAAUACCUCAUAGUGUCUUACAAACACGAAGUGCUUAUACAUUAUACCUAUAACUACUAGCAAAAUAAAGUCUAAAAGUGGUCAAGAAGAUUUAUAUAGUAAAUGAAUGAAUUUGGAUGUAGUGCCUGAUAGUAGAUGUAGUGGUUACCAGGUCAUGUGGUGUCAUAAACGUCCGAGCCCACUUUGUGGUAUUUGUUUAAAGACGUCUCCACAUCUCUGUUGUUUUCUACACUAAGAAAAGUAUGCUACACGAAUAUUUGAGCAAAAACUGCCGUGUAAGCGGCGCCACAUCGUGAUGAACAGAAAUGCCACCAAUCUUUGUGAGAGAGAUUGCAGUCGGACAAUUUCGGACAAAAUAAUGAAAAUGGAUUGUUAUUUAUGUAUUCAAUAAGAAUAUUUAUGAUAAGUAGCCAUAAUAUUAAGUAUUUUUCAAUGUGAAUUGGUUUCUUAUUUUGUGUGAAUCCUAGUCGAUGCUUGCUUUUAAAUUUUUUUUGGUGCAAAUACUUGGUUUGGAAGCUUGAUUUGUAUUUUAAAUUUUAUUACUUUGUAUGUAAUGUCUGUUUUCAAUGGCAUUAUCCGUGAAGUGAAUUAAUAUUUUUGAAAUUCGAACGGCGAGUUAUUGAGGUGUUUAUCGCGCGUAGAAAAAGCUACUAUAUUCUAAUGUUGACAAAUAAUAAAACAUAUUAAAGAAAGGGUAAAUUUACCACGUGAUAAACGUUGGCAUUCUGGGUGGUCAUUUAUAAAUUACCUCACGGGAACGUCAGGUUUUUUAAACAAAGUAGGCUGUGCUGUUCUCAACAAAGUUCUUCGUUUUGUAUGGGGAAUGUUCUUGCACGAGACAUUCUCAAGAGCGGCACAAUUAUCCACUGGGCAGAUCCUGCAACCAAAUGGUCUCCAAAACAAAACACGUUCGGUCUUCGAUAGUUAUUUAAAUAAUAUCUUUGCCCAGCGAAUUAAUGUAGGGCAUAACGGUUAAAUUUCGCUUUUUACUUACUGAUUGUUGACAUAGCCUAUGGAUGAAUUCACUUAUGCAUGACUGUGAUGGCACUGAAUGUAAUAUAGGAGCUUUUAUUAUAAGUAAAAAGUCAUAAUAAUUACUAUUCAUAAUGAAUUCUAGAAUUAUAAAUAAAAUAUUAAAUCUAUUUUCGUAAGUGUGCAUUAUUCUUCAUGUUUUCAUUUUAUUGUAUUUGAAUUGUUAAUUAAUUGUAGUACUAUUUUCUUAGACUAGCUGUUUGAAGCAAUAAAAGUGUUUUGUUAAUUUC